AUGCCUGAUGGACGCCCUCUAUAUCAACACCAAAUCGAGAUUUUGCGCAAAGUAUGCCCUGAGACAGAGACUAUCUACAUUUCUCUGGCUCAAGAUUCAGAGAUGGAUGAGCUUCUACAGAAUGCCAGCAAGGUCUCGUACGAAGUCACUCCAGGCGAGAAUAGCAUCGAGAUUAUUCUAGACUUGGAAUCGAGUCAAGGGAAUGAGUCGAAGGGCCCGGCAACAGGCUUACUUGCUGCCUACGAGUCAGACCCAGAGGCGACUUGGUUAGUUGUGGCCUGUGACUACCCCUCCAUUACGGCAGAUGCACUCCAGGAGUUACAAUCAAACUACAAGCCUCCCGUUACAUGCUUUAAGAACCUAGAAGGCUUCUGUGAGCCUCUCUUGGGCAUAUGGAGUCCAGAGGCUAUCAGCCAUCUCAAGGAGAACUGCAAAGCCGGAAAUCUCAGUCCCAGCAAGGCUAUUCGGGAGCUUGGCGGUCACAUGUUACUUCCUGAAGACUCGGAGGAAUUACUACGAAACGUGAACGUCAAGUCGGAAUGGGAAGAUGCGCUGAAAACAUUGAGAGAUGAGCCAACAGACAAUUUCAUGGAAGAGCCGUUGGAGGUGCUAUAA